GGUUUCGGCUUGAGUGCUGAGCAAUGGCAGCACGGCAGGGCAAGUCUGGUCCAGACUCCACUGCCGAUGCAGCGACCAGCUUUCUUCGGGCGGCACGAUCUGGGAACCUGGACAAAGCAUUGGAUCACCUGAGGAAUGGUGUAGAUAUUAACACCUGCAAUCAGAAUGGGUUAAAUGCUUUGCAUCUGGCUUCCAAGGAGGGACACGUGAAGAUGGUAGCGGAGCUGCUGCACAAGGAAAUUGUUUUGGAAACCACCACCAAGAAAGGAAAUACGGCCCUGCACAUUGCAGCCCUGGCAGGACAAGAAGAUGUGGUCCGGGAGUUGGUGAAUUUUGGGGCAAAUGUCAAUGCACAGUCACAGAAAGGCUUCACGCCCCUGUACAUGGCAGCACAAGAGAAUCACCUGGAAGUUGUCAAGUUCCUGCUGGAGAAUGGGGCCAACCAGAAUGUGGCCACUGAAGACGGCUUCACGCCACUAGCGGUGGCGCUUCAGCAGGGCCACGAAAAUGUUGUGGCCCACUUGAUUAACUAUGGGACAAAGGGCAAGGUGCGCCUUCCGGCGCUGCACAUAGCUGCCCGCAAUGAUGACACGCGGACGGCUGCUGUGCUCUUGCAGAAUGACCCCAAUGCCGAUGUCCUUUCCAAGACUGGUUUUACCCCACUGCACAUUGCCGCUCACUACGAGAACCUCAAUGUGGCGCAGUUAUUACUGAAUCGUGGAGCGAGCGUCAACUUCACUCCCCAGAAUGGCAUCACCCCACUGCACAUUGCUUCCCGUCGUGGCAAUAUCAUCAUGGUGCGCUUACUGCUUGACCGAGGAGCUCACAUUGAGACCCGUACCAAGGACGAACUGACACCAUUGCACUGUGCAGCCAGGAAUGGACAUGUGCGAAUUGCUGAAAUCCUGCUGGACCAUGGUGCUCCCAUCCAAGCAAAAACCAAGAACGGCCUGUCCCCCAUCCACAUGGCCUCCCAAGGGGAUCACUUGGAUUGUGUCCGGCUACUGCUUCAGUACAAUGCCGACAUUGAUGACAUCACGCUAGACCACCUGACACCACUGCACGUAGCUGCUCACUGUGGCCACCACCGGGUGGCUAAAGUCCUCUUGGAUAAGGGUGCAAAGCCCAAUGCACGGGCCCUGAAUGGCUUCACCCCAUCUGGCCUGACCCCUCUGCAUGUGGCCUCUUUCAUGGGACACCUUUCUAUAGUGAAGACCUUGUUACAACGUGGAGCAUCUCCCAAUGUUUCCAACGUGAAGGUGGAAACACCUCUUCACAUGGCAGCCCGAGCUGGACACACCGAGGUGGCUAAAUACCUACUCCAGAACAAAGCCAAAGUUAAUGCCAAAGCUAAGGAUGACCAGACACCAUUGCACUGUGCUGCUCGCCUUGGACACUGCACUAUGGUGAAGCUCUUGCUAGAGAAUGGCGCUGACCCCAAUCUGGCCACGACAGCUGGGCACACGCCCCUGCACAUCACUUCACGCGAGGGCCAUCUGGACUGCGCCUGUGCCCUCCUUGAAAAGGAGGCAUCACAGAUGGCCAUGACCAAGAAAGGAUUUACCCCUCUGCACGUUGCUGCCAAAUAUGGGAAAGUGGAUGUGGCUGAGGUACUUCUGGAGCGUGACGCCCAACCCAAUGCAGCAGGGAAGAAUGGCCUCACACCCCUCCAUGUAGCUGUGCAUCACAACAACCUGGACAUUGUCAAAGUGCUGCUUUCCAAGGGAGCCUCCCCACACAGCGUGGCCUGGAAUGGAUAUACCCCCUUGCACAUUGCCGCUAGGCAGAACCAAAUGGAGGUGGCCAGCAGCCUGCUGCAGUAUGGUGCUUCUGCCAAUGCCGAGUCCGUGCAAGGGGUGACCCCGCUGCACUUGGCGGCCCAGGAGGGCUAUGCAGAUAUGGUGGCCUUGCUCCUGUCCAAGCAAGCGAACGGUAACUUGGGCAACAAGAGUGGCCUCACCCCUCUUCACCUUGUCGCUCAAGAGGGGCACAUACAGGUGGCGGAUGUCCUCCUCAGGCAUGGAGUCCAAGUGGAUGCAACCACACGGAUGGGCUAUACACCCUUGCAUGUGGCUUGUCAUUAUGGGAAUAUCAAGCUAGUGAAGUUUCUGCUGCAGCAACAGGCAGAAGUCAAUUGUAAGACCAAGCUUGGGUACACUCCUCUGCACCAAGCAGCUCAGCAAGGCCACACUGAUAUCGUCACCCUCUUGCUAAAGCACGGAGCAUCCCCCAAUGAAGUUAGUUCGAAUGGUGCCACACCUCUGGCCAUUGCCAAACGGCUGGGUUACAUUUCUGUCACUGAUGUGCUAAAAGUUGUGACAGAGGAGACUACCAGCUUUUUGUCAUUCAGUGACAAACACCGCAUGAGUUUUCCUGAGACGGUGGAUGAGAUCCUGGAUGUUUCCGAGGAUGAAGGGGAAGAGCUGGCUGGGACCAAGCCACACAAGCGGGGCCUCCACUAUCAGGACGAUGAGAGAGAAAUUGUGGAAUUUGUCCCUAAACUGGAGCACACGAGGGAGGAGUCACCAGCUAUCCCACGAAUCCCUUGCGUCACUCCAGAGACGGUGCUGAUCAAACCUGAGGAGCCAGAGCAGCCUUCCAAGGAAUUUGAUGAGGAGUCCCUCAUCCCCAGCAGCCCUGCCACGGAGACCUCUGACAACAUCAGCCCGGUGGCCAGUCCUGUUCACACAGGAUUCCUCGUAAGCUUCAUGGUGGACGCCCGCGGUGGUUCCAUGCGUGGCAGCCGGCACAACGGUCUACGUGUCAUCAUCCCACCCAGGACAUGUGCAGCACCCACACGCAUCACCUGCCGUCUAGUCAAGCCUCAGAAACUGCCAGCACCACCCCCUCUAGCUGAGGAAGAAGGACUGGCCAGCAGGAUUAUCGCCCUGGGUCCCGCAGGAGCACAGUUCCUCAGCCCUGUGAUUGUAGAGAUCCCCCACUUUGCUUCACAUGGGCGCGGUGACCGGGAGCUGGUGGUGCUGCGUAGCGAGAAUGGGACUGUGUGGAAAGAGCACCGCAGCCGUUAUGGCGAGAGCUACCUGGACCAGGUCCUCAAUGGCAUGGAUGAAGAACUGGAAAGCCUAGAGGAGCUGGAGAAGAAGAGGAUUUGCCGCAUCAUCACCACAGAUUUCCCUCUCUACUUUGUGGUCAUGUCCCGCAUAUGCCAGGACCAAGACCUGAUUGGCCCAGAAGGCGGUUGUCUGGAGAGCACAUUGGUAUCCAUGGUGCAGGCCACAUUCCCGGAAACAGCGGUCACCAAGAAGGUCAAGCUAGCUCUUCAGGCGCAGCCAGUGCCGGAUGAGCUGGUGACAAAACUGCUGGGGAACCAGGCAACGUUCAGCCCAAUUGUGACAGUGGAGCCACGCCGAAGGAAAUUCCACCGCCCCAUUGGGCUGCGUAUCCCUCUGCCCCCCUCGUGGAGGGAGAACCCCCGGGACAGUGGAGAGGGCGAUACAACCAGCCUCCGCCUACUCUGCAGUGUUAUAGGAGGAACAGCUCCAGCACAAUGGGAGGACAUCACUGGGACCACAAAAUUGGUCUAUGCCAAUGAGUGUGCGAAUUUCACCACCAACGUGUCUGCCAGGUUCUGGCUGGCGGAUUGUCCGCGCACAGCUGAAGCCGUCCACUUUGCUACCCUGUUGUACAAAGAGCUGGCCGCUGUGCCUUACAUGGCCAAGUUUGUGGUGUUUGCCAAAAUGAAUGAUGCGCGGGAGGGUCGCCUGCGCUGCUACUGCAUGACUGAUGACAAGGUGGACAAGACCCUGGAGCAGCAUGAAAACUUCACAGAAGUGGCACGCAGCCGAGACAUUGAGGUAGUGGAGGGGAUGCCGCUUCACACGGAGCUCUCAGGGAACCUGGUGCCCAUCAAGAAGGCAACCCAACAGCGCAGCUUCCUGUUCCAAUCAUUCCGAGAGAACCGUCUCAUCAUCCCAGUCAAGGUGCGGGACAGCAGCCGGGAAGCGAGUGGCUCGUUGUCUUUCCUACGCAAGGCCAUGAAGUACGAAGAGCUGCAGCACGUCCUCUGCCAUUUGAACAUUACAAUGCCACCCUGCUCCAAGAGUUCCGCCAGUGAGGAGCGAAGGAGAACGCUGACACCAUUAGCCCUGCGUGAGAGAUAUAGCCUGCUCAGCGAUAGCACUCUGGGCUCAUUGAGCAGCACGGAGAAAGACAAGACUGACAUGAAAAUGGCUGUCAUUGCAGAACACCUGGGCCUUAGUUGGGCAGAACUGGCCCGGGAACUGCAGUUUGGGGUGGAUGACAUCAAUAGGAUCCGCGUAGAGAACCCCAACGCCCUGCUUGAGCAUAGCAUGACCCUGGACCAGUGGUGUGGGCAGAGUGCCAACAUGGAGAACUUAUACACAGCCCUGCGUAACAUUGAUCGCAGCGAGAUCAUCAACAUGCUGGAAGGCUCUGUACGGCAGAGCCGCAGUCUGAAGGGUGACAAACGCUACCCGCAUAGGGACUACUCCCUGUCACCUUCCCAGAUGAAUGGUUACGCUUCGCUGCAGGACGAGUUGCUCUCCCCCGCCUCCCUGCAUUACGCACUGCCCUCCCCGCUGCGUGCCGACCAGUACUGGAGUGAGGUGGCCAUCAUGGAUGCCAUCCCCAUGGCCGCCACCGAGCAGGACGCCCUCAUGGAGAUGUCCGACAUGCAGGUGUGGUCCUCGGGUCUCACGCCCUCGCUGGUGACUGCCGAAGACUCCUCCCUGGAGUGCAGCAAGGCCGAGGACUCGGAUGCCACGAGCGAAGGCCGGUUUCCGGGGCAGCUCCUGGAGGAUGCGCAUGGCCCCGACCCGCUGGGCUCCAUGGACCUGGUUGAGGACGACACAGUGGAUUCAGACGCCAUGAAUGGCCUGAUGGACACACUAGAGCAGGAGGAAGGCCAGCAGAGGGUGCAGGCCCGCAUCACGGAUUCACCCACAGUCAGUCGUGUCAUAGACAAGGGCAAAGACAGGCUUGGUGACUGGACCGUGGAGAGCACCUUCAUCUCCAGUCUGUCGGAUCUGCCCAAGGGAGUGUCAAGCCCACCGUUGCUGCGGCAAGCAGUGCCCUACAGAAUGCGGGAGCGGGAGAGGCCGGAGCACAUGCGGAUUGACUCAUCGGAGGAGAGGGAGAGCCCACCACCACACAGGGAUUGGGGGCUCCAGCCUGGGAGACGGCAGGGCCUAGCCAAGUGGCUGGAUGAAGCUGACAGCAGCUUCUUUGGGCAAACACAGGGUUUUGGGAAAGAUCACGGCAAAGCCUGGGUGGCAACCACGUAUACAGAAAAGAUCAUGUGGGGCUUCCUGACCCAGCUGCUCAUCAGCUUGGUCCUGCUGGGCUUCUUCUUGGUCAGCUGCCAGAACCUUCUGCACAUCGCCCAUGGCUCCGUCCGUUUCGUGCUGAAGCACAUCCACCAAGAGUUGGACAAGGAGCUGGGCGAGAGCGAGGGCCUCAGCGACGAUGAGGAGGCGGUCUCCACCCGAGUGGUGCGCCGGCGGGUCAUCAUUCAGGGCAAUGAAGUCUUGGAUAUUCCAGGGGAACAAGUGACUGAGGAACAAUUCACUGAUGAACAAGGCAACAUUGUCACAAAGAAGAUUAUCCGGAAGGUGGUACGGAGGCUGGACACCGACAGUAUGGGAGACGGGCGGCAACACGAAGAGGAGGAGGCUCAAGGGAGUGUCCCGAGAUCGGAGCUGCUCGGGGGCAGGAUGGGGGCUCACAUAGUGAAACGAGCCAGCCUGAAAAGGGGGAAGCAGUGACACCCCUCCCCCCCUCGAGUGGCCUCUUUGGAGGGCCUCACCUCCACACCAACCCACUGACUUCCACCCCCUUUGUGCCCUCCACAUGGCCAGGCGAGAGUGGAGCUGCGAGCUCACCAGUGCAGAGCUGGCUGUCCAUGAUGCUUUAGGUUAAUGGCAUGAUUUCCGUAUGAGACAUAACUUUACUGCCCUAUUCGCAUGACCGACUGACUGCAGACGCAUGAGCUACAGUUCUUCCUCCUGACUCAAAGCCUGGACCAGGAAACCCAGGAGGGGGGGGCGGGAAUGCAAUUGUAUGCGAAGGGUCCUUUCCAGAGCCCCUUCUUGACGUGAUGCCUCGGCCUCCUGGGAAAGGAGUAAGCUGGACGGAGCUCAUCGGCCAUCCCACCCACCCCUGCUCAGCUCUCCCGUCGGCUCUGUGCUCGGUUACGCUGCGUCCAUCUGCGGUGCCCGAGUGUUUCCAGUGAAGGGCAUCCAGUGAAGGUCUUCAGGCCCAGGAGGCAGGAAGCCACCAAGGGCCACCCAGGACCACCUCCUCCCUGUUCUCACCUGGUUUGGAUGGAAAGCGUAACCUGGACAGUUGCUCAACCUUGUGUAUAUGAUAUGAACAGAUACCUACUAUGCAAACACAAUUAGGGACAUUCGGCAGGAUUGCAUUGGCUCAGCUCCCCAGUAACCUCCGCAAGCCACCAGCAGCUUGUGAACCAGAGGUGGGAGGAGCUAGGAGUUAUUGGAAGCAGUCUCCCAGGCUCACCUCUCACUCUUACACACACAGACACACACAGGGUGGUGGUUGGGGGUGGUGGAAAAUGAGAUGGGGAGAAGGGCUCUGCCAACCCCUACACAUGUGCCAGGCACACAUGCAUUCGAUCCCUCGGGAUGCCUCUUGCAAUUUGGCCCAGGGCUGGAAGAUC